AGUUAGCUAUGGCGGCAGCGAUGGAAGUGAACUAAGCCGUUCAGUCCGUGUUGGCCACAAUUCCAAAUAUUGGAUUAACAACAACAGCCAUCUUGGUCUGCUCGUCUUUUCUAUACAACUGUAAAAGAUGAUUGCUUACAGCUCAGCUAACUUCCGACUAGCAGAUCUACUUCACCUUUGGAAAUAAGACUCCAGGACCAACAUGGACGCUCCUGCUGUAACCGGACUGCAGCAGAUUUGCAUAACAGAAGUAAAAGCAAAGCUGCAGUGGAUCCUCUCCCCGAGACGCCUUGCUUGUAGUGAGAAGAGCCGCAGCCCCUCGCCACUCCUUCGCCUCCUGCAAUUGGAAGAAGGAGGCCACCUCCUCCCUCCCCCCGCCUCAUCGGCAUGCAGGCGGCGCAGUGUGUGUAUGAGGAGAGAGGCGAGCGAGAGACGUAGCCGUCAGUGCGAUGGGCUAGAGGAGAGCGAGGAGGCGGAGGAGCAGAGUGAACCCUGGAUCUGCCUUGCCUUUCCUUCGCCUGUCGUCUGCCUGAAGCUGGGUUCGCCGCCGCGUCGCACCGACACCGAGCAGACCCUCGGACCUUUCUGAGAUUGCUCCACCAGCCGGGAAAACCCAGACACCACCAGGCUUCCUCCUCCAUCAUCCUCAUCCUCAUCCUCAUCCUCAGCAGCAGCGGAGCGGCCUGACGCCACAGUUCGGGCACCAGCUGCUACCAAACCGCGUCUCCUUCCUCCGCCUCGCCGCGCCGCGCCGCGCCGCUCCCUAUGCCCUUGUCCUCGGCGGCUCCUCUCACCUCCCUGGCCAGUAUAUGGAUAGAAGCUCCCUGUUUCAGCUCAUACAAGAGCAGUUGGACCCAGAGAACACCGGUUUCAUCCCCGUGGAGAACUUCACCAGCUUGGUGGAGCACCAUGAGCUGCAGCUGGACCCGUCCAAGCUGGACAUGCUGUUAGCGCUCGUCCAGAGCAAUGAGGAGGGCCAGGUGUGCUACCAGGAGCUCAUCGAGCUGAUGAGCAGCAAGCGCUCCAGCAGUUUCCGGCGCGCCAUCGCUAACGGCCGCCGCACCCUGCAGAGGGAAAUCCUGCUGGACGAGACGGGCCUUGGACUGUACAAACGCUUCGUCCGUUAUGUGGCCUACGAGAUCCUGCCGUGUGAGACGGACCGGCGCUGGUACUUCCACCAAAACCGCCUCUGUCCUCCGCCCGUCUUCAUUGCCGUCGUCACCAUCGUCCAGAUAAUCGUGUUCAUGUGCUACGGCAUCAUGCUCAAUAAGUGGGUCCUGCAGACGUACCAGCUGGACUUCAUGAAGAGUCCGCUGGUCUACCAUCCCGGCCACCGCGCCCAAGUCUGGCGCUUCUUCAGCUACAUGUUCAUGCAUGUUGGUUUGGAGCAGCUGGGAUUUAACGCUCUGCUGCAGCUGAUGAUCGGCGUUCCCUUAGAGAUGGUCCACGGGAUCUUACGGAUAAGUUUGCUCUACAUGGCAGGAGUUCUGGCCGGCUCGCUGACGGUGUCCAUCACAGACAUGCGUGCUCCGGUGGUCGGGGGAUCCGGGGGCGUCUACGCUCUCUGCUCCGCGCAUCUGGCCAACGUCGUCAUGAACUGGGCCGGGAUGCGCUGUCCGUACAAACUGCUCCGCAUGAUCCUGGCGCUGGUCUGCAUGAGUUCGGAGGUCGGCCGCGCCGUCUGGCUGCGCUUCUCGCCGCCGGUGCCGUCGUCGGGGCCGCAGCCCAGCUUCAUGGCCCACCUGUCGGGCGCGGUGGUGGGCAUCAGCAUGGGGCUGCUCAUCCUGCGCAGCUACGAGGAGAGCCUGCAGAAGCAAUGCUCCUGGUGGGUCAUCGUCUUCUCCUUCAUCACCUUCCUCCUCUUCGCCAUCUUCUGGAACAUCUUCGCCUACGAGCUGCUGGGCGUCCAGAUCCCCCCGCCGCCAUGAUGGCGGCUCCGCUCUGCUCCCCAUCCCACCAAACUAACAAACAAUCCAACCAGAAUAAUCGGUAACUCUUCAACUGCAGGGCGAGCGAGAGAGAAAAGAGCCGACAUCAACAUGAAGGAGACUUUCUGUUUUCAUUCUGUAAAUUAUGACACUUUUAGUCCAAAGUUUAAUAACAGCUGUAAGCAUUUCUGCAGACUCCUUCCUGCUGCUGCUGUUUAUCGUGUUCAUGACGGCGUUUGGUCACAGCUGCGCUCGGCCCGUCAGCUGAAGCGUUACCGAAUCCUUUUUUACAGAAACUUUGCCAAUCAAAGAAAUGUUUCUCUUUUAUUAAAGAGGGAUUACAGUAGCAACAGCUGGAAGCUCCUCUGAGCUUUCUGUCGUUUUUAUAUGAAUAUGUAGAAAACCUCAUCUGCAUCAACCUGCCGUUUGUUUUCCGUUUGCUUCAUUCAUGCAAAGACCUUAGACAAGAAGAUGCUGACAUCAUCAUAUGUGCCUCUGGAAGGAAAAAGUUUCUGGACUAAAAGGCAUCAGUGACGUGUAAAAGUUGGCAGGUUUUCCUGCUGUAGUUGCCAAACUGAAAAACACAACAAACAUCCAGGAAGAGCAGCUCAGAGUGAAACUUUCAUUUAUUUAAAAAAGAUUGGAGAUGCACCGAUCAGAUUGGAGUCGGGACGAUUUUCCACUGAUUUGCUCUGAUUGAUCAGCUUGUCAUGUAAAACUUUUAUUUUUUAUCGCCAGAACAGCAUAAAGUCACCUAAAUUCAAAAAUAAAGCUUCCAAACGGCAUAAAAUUUCACUAUUUAUGUGAUCAUUUUUACACGACGCCGCCCCUAUAAAAGAAACUUAUUUUUGAUCUUCCCAUCUUUUAGUGAUUUUUAUUUAAAACAAACCCAAAGUGUUGCUUUCUUUCUUUAAUGCAUGUUUGAUUACUCCUCUAAUCACCAUGGCAACCAUUUAGCUGUUAAAACGCCUGGAUGGACCAAGCCCCGCCUCCGAGGUGCAGCUCCUCCCCCUUUCAGCUCCUCCAGACUAGCAGCAGCAAUUAGCAAACAUCAGCUGAGCUCAUUACAGGAGCUGCUGCUCAGAGCAACUCUGGUAAAAAUGCUAAAGGGUUGAUAGAGGAGCCAUGUUGGGACGACUUCCUGGAGGCGGAGCUUCAAGAAGAGCAGGAGCUUCUUAAAGAGACAGAGACCCAAUUUCACAGAGUUAAAUCAGGAAGUUACAUUUCUUUUAAGUCAGAUUUGACAUAGCUAGCAUUUUUAUAACUGAAGAGUUUUGCUAUAAAAUGGCCGCCAUGUGCCUGGAAAAUACAUAAUAUUUAAAAAUCAAGUUUUUAUUUCUGCUUCUUCUAUUAAAGAAUCUGUGGCACUUUUUUUCCUCAUUUUUUAAACUUUAUAAUUCUUAGAAAAUAAAAAUAAUAAUUGAUCAGAUUUAAAAUCCGCAAAAAAAUUUAAAAAAGAAAAACAUUGGAAAUCGGUGCAUCUCCAGUAAAGAUCAGUUAGCAUCCUUUAGCAUCAGCUCAUCCAACAACAUUUUCUGCAUUUUUUUGGUUUGUCAUGACACCUACACUGUGGAUACAGAAAAUAGUUCACACACACACACACACACACACACACACACACACGCCUGACGCAAAGCCACAAAGUCAGAAAAAGAAAAGUGACUGUAAUCCAGCGAUCGGGCGCCUCUCCUUUCGCAGCCGCCAUGUUUGUACUGACGUGUAAAAUAUGCUAUCUCAUGCUCUGUGGUUUCCAUGACAACACUCACACACCAACUCACACACACACUCGAUGCUCUCCGGUUCCUUUGAGAGUAACCGCUGCCUGAUUCUGUCUGUCAACGUGAGCGAACCGACGUCGACGUGCCUCGGAUCAAAAGCUGAACUCAGAGAGGCGACGCCCGCCUGACCUUUGACCUGCGUCAGGCCGAGUUAAUACCUCAGUUUCUCAUUCUUCUUAGGGACUGUAAACAUUUGUAAAGGAAUGUAACUGUAAAAACAAAAAAAGACGAAGUGUCAGUCUGUUGUCCCCGUUUCUCCCUCCAUGGUGGAUGUGUUCCUGUUCAUUCCAAACCCAAAACAUAUUUAUCGGGAUUUUCCUGCUUUGAAGGGAAAAGGAGGAAAAAUUUCAAAUGGUGCAAAAUAUUUGGUGUGGUUGUCCUGAUGAAUCCCGAUCGGCUUCGGUCCGGUUUGACAGGGAACCACCAACCAGAUUUUAUAAAUCUUUAGUCAGUGCUUUAUAUAUUAAGCCAUAGGAAACAGUACGGAGGGCCAAAAGGGCCACAAUGUUUUAUUUAAAUGAUUAAAUAAUUAUUUAUUUCAGAUGCUCAAUGAAGUUGGAAAUAAACAUUUUAAGUAGAUUAAUCUAUUCCUCAUCAUUUAUAUGAUGGAAAAGACACUAAAAUUUGAGAAUUAUUAGAAAUAAAUUGAUUUAUUCAUUUAUUUAAAUGUCAUUUUUUUAGAUACCAAAAAAAUUUGUUCCAAUUAUUUCUUCCCACAUUUAAACAUGACAUUCCCUUUUAACUCACUUAAAUAAUAAUGAAUUGAUUUGUUUAUUUAAUAUAUUUAUGUCCAGUUCUUUUUAGUGCGGACAGAUGAAUAAUAAUCUAAAUGAUCUUACAUAUUUAUGUGAUUCUGGGGCUUUUUUACCCGUCAUACAGCCGAUGAGGACGAAACGCUUGAUGGUUUGAAACUUUGUAGAAAUGUGUGACUGCGUGGAUGUUUGAUCAUCCAUUAUGUGAAAUUGUUCUGAUUUGUUCAAACCUCUGAGAUGCUUUCAUGUAGCUGAACUCAUGUUGUUUUGUUUACUUCCUGUUCAUAGAGUAGCAGCAUUACUUAGCAAGCGCCCACACCUCCAAGUUGCCCCUACGCUCCGCCUGAAUGCAGCUUCGCCAACAACAAACUGGAAAUAUUCAAGUUUCUGAUGGUGGUAACAUUUACUGAAUGCUUCUGGAUAAUUUAGUCCAAAAGUUGUCUAAAGGGAUUUAAUUUAAUUUAUUAAUUUAUUUCAGCAGGUACAGGAAGCGUCUCCUUAAAGAGGCGGACGAGUUCGAAGCAGCUUCAAUAAGCCAUUUUCAGAUCAACUUCAACAGGAAGAGAGCUGCCAAUAUUUGGCUGUGAUCGAUCUUUGAAACUUAUCAGGAAGUGACACUGAAGGCCUGUUAGCCUGUAAUGAGGUUAAUGUGCCUCUUUAGUCUAAGAUUCAAUGGAAACAGACGGAAAGGGCUACGCACUGGAUCCGCACACUAACUGUGAACUCAACUGACAAAAACCCAAAAUCAAAAUAUCUUCAGAUUAAUCUGAACAUUUAGUUCUGGGUUUUUAAAAUGUUUUGUUGCUGUUUCCAAAAAAGCUAUUCUAGAAUCUGAAUUUAUAUCCAGAUGCCAAACCACUGUCCCGAUACGUCUCGAUACAUUCCGACAUGUUCCGAUACGUCUCGAUACGUCCCGAUUAAUCUCUGAAAUUUUCAAGAAAAAGCUCAAAAUUUUCUCAUUUUAAAAGAUCAAAAAUUUCUGACAAAAACUCAAAGUCUGAAAUUAAUAUGAAACGUUUUCUAGAUUUUUUUUUUUUUUUUACUUUCUCAGUUUGAAGAGUCAAAAAUUUGCAAGAAAAACUCAGAAAUUUUGAGAUCCAUCUCAGAAUUUUGGAGGGUUUUUUCCCCCGGAAAUCUACUCUUUUUUACGUACCAUGUCCUUA